GUAUACUAUUCUGUUCGUAAAACGUCACAGAGUUUUGUAUAACUGCAGAGUAUUUAAAUUUUAAUGGUAGUGGCCCAAAAUUUCCAGUUUUUCCUUUUAUCCUACAUUCACCACCAUGUCGUUGUCCGCGAAAUCCGUGCUAAAGGAGGGCUCCACCGAGCUGAGCCACAUCUGCGAGCUGGACCUCUCGCAGCAGGCGUCCCAUCAGCGCCUGGUGUCCCUGAUCGCGACCAUAUCGCUCAGUUCCCGGAACGCGGACACCAUUUACACCAUGAUAAUGCGCGGAGUGAACAUAUUCCGGCUGAAUUUCUCCCACGAAUCGCACGAGAUGCACUCGAAAACGAUCGAGCUGAUCAACGAGGCGCUGGAGAGGAUUCAUCGGGAGACGGGCCAGAUUCGCACGGUGGCCAUUGCGGCGGACACGCGAGGACCCCAGAUCCGUACUGGCCUAUUGGAUGGGGAUGUGUUCCUGCGCAGCGGCGACAAUCUGCGGCUCUCGAUCAACCGGGAUCUGUAUGACAAGGGCAACAAGGAGGCGGUCUACGUGGACUACCCGAACAUCAUCAACCUGACCAAGACGGGCGAUCGCCUGUUUAUCGACGACGGCCGUCUGCUGCUCCACAUCAUGGAGGUGGGUGUGGAUGGACUGCUGUGCGAGGUCAUUCGCGGCGGCCAGCUGAGCAACAACUGCAACGUGAUCCUGCCGGAGAUCGAGAUCGAUCUGCCUGCCGUCUCCGAGAAGGACAUGUUCGACAUCCAGUUCAGCAUUAAGGCCAACGUGGACUUCCUCUUCGCCUCCGCGGUGCGCAGUGCCAAGAACGUGAAGGAGCUGCGAACGGUUCUCGGCGAGAAGGGCAAGAACAUCAAGAUCAUCGCCAAGAUGGACAGCAAGAUAGCGUUGAGCCGAUUCUCGGAGAUCCUGCGUGCGGCGGAUGGACUGCUGCUUUCGCGAGCGGACCUGGGCACCCAGAUACCCAUCGAAAAGCUCUUCAUCACGCAGAAGAGCAUCCUGGGCCAGUGCAACAAAGCGGGCAAGCCGGUCAUAGUGGGCUCCCACAUCCUGGAGUCCAUGCGCUCGUUGCCCCAUCCAACGCGCGCCGAGUGCUUCGAUCUGGCCAACGCCAUCAUCGAUGGAGCUGACUGCAUCAUGCUGUCGUCGGAAGUGGCCAUUGGAUCGUUUCCCAAGGAGACGGUGGCCACCUGCGACACAUUGUGCCGGGAGGCUGAGAAAGUGCUCUGGUUCCGCGACCUCUUCUCCGACCUGGUCAGCGAGGUGCGUGGCGAGCUGGACGCGGCCCACUCGCUGGCCAUUGCCGCCGUGGAGACGGCCAAGCGCACCAACGCCACCCUGAUCAUCGUGCUGACCACCUCGGGCCGUUCGGCCACCCUGGUCAGCAAGUUCCGACCCCGUUGUCCCAUCAUGGCGGUCACGCGCUGCGAACGAACCGCCCGUUGGGUGUACCUGCAUCGCGGAGUCCUUCCGCUUUUGUACACCUCGGAGCCAAGCACGGACUAUGCCACCGAUGUGGACGCACGCGUGCAGUUCGCCAUGACCGCGGCCAAGAAGUGGACCAUCAUCGAAGACGGCGAUCCCAUUGUGAUCGUGAGUGCCUGGAAGGAUGGCGGCGGGUUCACCAACAAUGUCCGCGUGGUCUACGCCUUCUUCGAGGCGGAUCACGUGGACUGCCUCUUCCGGUCGGACAGACGACGUUCUCGUAAGAACACCAAUCUGCAGAUGGCCAAUCGGGAGCCUGAUGAAAAUAAGAAUAAGUAGCUGUGUCCCUGUGUAAUGGAACUUUGUUGCCCUUAAUCUAUUCAAGAAAUAAAAUAUUUUGGAAGAA